CCGUGCUGGGCUGUGCCGGGCCGUGCUGGGCUGUGCCGGGCCGUGCUGGGCUGUGCCAUACGAGGCGCUGCCGGGCUCCGUGGAGCUGUGAGCGAGCCCCGCUGCCCGCGCCAUGGUGGCGGGGAUGCUGAUGCCGCUGGAGCGGCUCCGCUCCAUCCUGGAGCUGCUGUUCCGCGAGGGCGUGCUGGUCGGGGAGCGGGACGGCUGCCCCCGGCGCACCCACCCGCAGCUGCCCGGCGUGGCCAACGUGGAGGUGCGGCGCGCCAUGGCCUCGCUGCGCUCCCGCGGCCUCGUGCGACAGACGGCGGCCUGGCGACACCUCUACUGGUACCUGACGGACGCCGGCGUGGCUCACCUGCGCCAGUACCUGCGGCUGCCGCCGGACGUGGUGCCGCGCUCCCUGCAGCGCGUCCCGCGCCCCGCCGCCCCCCGCCCCGAGUCCCCACGGGGCCUGGGGUGGGUCGGACAGACGGCGGCAGCUGGGGCGGGCAGUGCCGCUGGGGAGGGGGCUGCGGGGGUGUCCCCAACGCCGCCUCCCCGGCGACACGCGAUCCCGACACACGAUCGGCGGCAGCUGGACCCGGCGGGGGUGCGGGGCGUCCGGUGUCCCACCCCCCCGGGCGGGGCAGCUGUGGUGUCGCUCCGAGGCGGCGGUGAGGGGGCCCCCCCCGAUCCCCCCGGGCUGUGA